ACAAAAUUCAUAUGGAGUGCUCCCGACUUUUUGGAUCCUUGCUUCUCAAGAAACCAAUAGUUAGCUAGGGUUUAGGUAUGGCUGCUUCAGCUACAUCGAGGCCCUGGCCGAUCUAUCUCUACGUUCCCAAUCUCAUUGGGUACGCGAGAAUCCUCAUAAACAUCACGGCUUUUGCGAUAUGCUUUAGCCACAAGGCUCUUUUCGUGGCGCUCUACUUCUUUAGUUUCGUUUGCGAUUAUUUCGAUGGACGCUUUGCCCAAUUGCUGAAUCAAAGGUCGACAUUUGGAGCUGUUCUCGACAUGGUCACGGAUAGGGUCAGCACUGCAGCACUUCUCGUCAUCCUUUCGCAUCUCUUCUCGAACGCAUAUCUCCUGUUUGUGGGGCUUCUCGCCCUCGACAUCUCCAGCCACUGGCUCCAGAUGUACAGUACGUUUCUCUCCAACAAAACCAGCCACAAGGACGUGAACGAUAGCAAGAGCCUUCUUCUUCGACUCUACUAUCAGUACCGAGCUGUGAUGGGCUACUGCGCUAUCGGCGCAGAGGUUCUAUACCUCGUCUUGUAUCUCUUGGGAGAUGGCUCCAAGGAUCUCACAGAGGUGGUGCUCACGGCUGCUGCCGAGAAAUCAGUGUUGUUCUACGUGGGACUAUUUGCAUUUCCCGGCUGCGUGAUCAAGCAGAUAGUAAAUCUCGUCCAGAUGAAAAGCGCGGCAGAUUUGUGUGUGGUGCAUGACUUGCAAAAGCCGCAGCAAAAAUCCAGCUAGAAAUCGGUGGUUUUUCGACGAAGUAUAGCGAGUUUUUAAAUCUAAGAAGCCCGCCCUAUGGAUAGAUUU